ACAUACUCUUAGCAUUUUACAAGGCCUUAUGGGCCUCUAUAGGCAUGGGCGCGGCGGAUACGCCGGGUUGUCUAAUCUGAGCUAGUUUUAUCUGCACUUUGUAACGCACGACUCAGUCCCUUCUCCCCGCCCACUACCUCAAACCCUACCGCCUCGCCGCCGCCGCCGCCAUGGCCUCGUCGUCGUCUCCGGAGAGUAGCCACCCACCUGGCCCGUUUGCUCUAGGGUUGGAGUCCUCAGCGAACAAGAUUGGCAUCAGCAUCAUCUCCAUCUCCGGGCAAAUCCUCUCCAACCCGCGCCAUACAUACAUCACCCCGCCAGGCCACGGUUUCCUGCCCCGGGAGACCGUGCAGCACCACCUCGUCCACCUACUCCCUCUACUCCGCGCAGCACUCGCCGAGGCCGAUGCCUCACCUGCCGACCUCGCCUGCAUUUGCUACACCAUGGGCCCCGGCAUGGGCGGGCCUCUCCAGGUCGCCGCCGCAUCGGCCCGGGCUCUGUCGCUCCUAUGGGGGAAAACGCUUGUCGCUGUCAAUCACUGUGUUGCGCACAUUGAAAUGGGCCGCGUGGUCACCGGCGCCGUGGACCCUGUUGUGCUCUACGUCUCAGGUGGCAACACGCAGGUCAUCGCGUAUAGCGAAGGGAGGUACAGGAUCUUCGGUGAGACCAUUGAUAUUGCCGUCGGGAACUGCCUCGACCGCUUUGCGCGGAUCCUCGAGCUCUCGAAUGACCCCAGCCCUGGGUAUAACAUCGAGCAGGUGGUUGGAGAGUGCACGGGAUUGAUGUGUUCUCAUAGGCCGGUUGCUGCUGAUUGAUUUGAAAAAUCGUUGACCUGGUUAAAAUCAUAAACGAAAUCCAAAAUUGAAUACCUCAAUUGAAUGAAAUUGUUUAAAAUGGGAACAUAGUGAAUCACGAAUGAGAGAGCCCUUGAGAAAUGUUGACCAAUUCUAAAUUGAAGAGCUCAGUUAAUCGCGAGGCCUUAAAAAUCAGGAACCAUAGUGUAUAGUAUAAAAGAAUUGAAUUAGAGAGCUUUGAGAAAUUGUUGACCCGGUCAAAAUCAGAUGACCCAAUCCCAAUUGGACCCCUCAAUUGAAUGUGGGCUCUUUAAAACUAGGGAGCUUAGUGUUAUAGAGUAUUUGUAGCUGUAUAUGCACAUAUAUGCUCAUUUCUAGUUUCAAUUGUGAUUCAGGCCUAACUGCAUGAGUUGUUUAGUUGCUUCAAGCACUUCGAUCUGUAUGGGUAAUAACAUAAAUAGAUUAAUUAUGAGAUAUAUGAACUAAACUGAGAAUGUGGAAAAUUGGGAUUUUUAUCUGGUUGAUCUGCGAAUUGAUUUUCAAUAUGCCAAGUUGGUGAUACUUGCUUGUACGAGAUAAUAUUUGCAAAUGAGAGGACCAUGUAUUAUUGCAUAUGACCAAUGUAGCCAUGUAGGAUGAUUGCAUAACACAGAAUAAACAAUUGGAUUUGUGAUGCCAUUUUGAUAUUCAAGUCCUUUGGACUGCCCUCUAGAUUAGCUUAUACAAUACUCCUUCUGUUCCUUUAUAUAAGGUGUAUUUGUUUUUUCAAAAGUCAAACGGGUGCAUGUUUGACCAAGUUUUUAGAAAAAUAUAUCAAUACCCACAAUACAAAAUUUAUAUCAUUUGAUUCAUUAUGAAAAGUAGUUUCAUAUAUUAUCUAUUAGGUAUUACAGAUAUUGUCCGCAAUCGUGAUUAUCAUGAAUGUCGUUAGUAAAGGGAGCACAAUAAUGAUUUAAUUGGGGGUGUGCACGACGGCCUUACAACGAACGUGGCUGUACACCGACAAUAUCGACACUUCAAUGUUUCCUUAAUAGUUUCAGUUGCCUUGAGGGACUGUGAUCUAGCCCUAUGUUAGGGAGGCGUCGUGGGAGGUUUGGCUGGAAGCCCGACUUGAACAACGCUGUACACUCUCCAAACUUCUCUUCCUAAACAUCGGUCCUAGUCGAACGAGGCUCCUCGGACAUGGCCCUAGAGCUCCCCGCACGAGGCUUGAACCUCCGUGCACUACACUUGAUUCUCUUGAGAGUGACCGAGUUACAUGCACAUGGGGGCUUUAUAUAGCUCUAUGGGUCCUUCACAGAGGAACAAGACUACCAUUGAGAUGGUAGGUGGAGCGGUAGUGGACCUAAUCUUUGGUCCACGGGUCUAUGGUGUACUAGGAGGGGACGUCCAUAGCUUAUGGUGGACCAAUCCCUCUCAUCCCUCCACCAUGAUGGGAUUCUUCACUUAAGCUUCUUUGCCUUAGUUGGCCUCUUUGACUUGGUCUUAUCUUUUUUCUUUCAUUUAACUUGUUGAUCAUGGUUGCUUGCUUGACUUGUAUUGGCUUGGCUUCAUGUGAAUAUCAAAAGCUGAAGCAUAUGUUUAUGUGCACCAUAUAGGGUUUGAAUACAUGUGAAUAUCAAAGAAAUUACCAAAAAAUGCAGUGCUAGAUUGUAUACAUGCAUACAUUUGUGCAAUAAUAUAAUUCCUUAUGCAUUUUACAAAAUAUGUAGAGACAUAGACAUUAGAGAUGCUUACAUGGGCCCAUAACCCACAGGUCUCGGGAUCGAAACCCGACUUUGAUACAAAUGCCGUCGGACCCUAGGACCAAAAUUACACAAAUCUAGCUAUAGAGAAUGAUGCAUAAAGCUGAGAUUCACGCUCGGACAAUGACACCAAUAUUUGAUGGGCUGUGAGCUCCUAAUAGUCUCAGAGAGCUUGAAACAUUCAAGCCACUCCCCCACUACUGGAUCACCUCGUCCGAGCGGGGUGGUCUCAAACAUUCCUUCAAUUGAUCUAACUGAGCCGAAGCAUCAAUACAUACCCAGCCACAACCAGUAAAAUGGACACAUGGUUGGAGUAGCGUGAUAUAGCUCCUAAGCUCUCAGUACAUGAAUUGCUUCACCCUGUAUUCGAUCAUCCGCUAGCACAUGCAUAACAUAGAUUCCAAGACCCUACACAGAACGUGCACUUUAUAUCAAUACUUGCAUCAUGCACGCCGAGUGUGUGAAAACAAGUAACACAACUCUACCCUUGAAAGCAUAUAUAUAACAAAGUCUCAUAAGAGAGCAAAGAUAGCAGAUAUAUUAAAAGCAGAGGUUGCAUGACCCAACAGUACAUCAAGCAUCAGCGGAAACGAAAUAUGUCCGAGUAUAAAACAUGUUUAAUGAAAGCCUAAGAGGGAUGAACAAAAUACAGUGACCCUUCCAAAGGCAUAGAUUGUUGUCUGGACCUCCAAACUACACGCCGACAUUGAGAUCCAUGUAGUAACCACCAUCGGGGUUGUAAGCCUACUCUGCAACAAGUUAUUAAUGAACAACAAGGGUGAGUACAAUUGUACUCGGCAAGACUUACAUCAGAACUAGCUACAUCUAUGUUAACCUCCACAGUAAUGCACCACCUUGAACCCUCCCACGACCUAUGUUGCAGGGAUACGGCUGGGAGGUGCUGUAUCAGUGCAAAAAACGUGGCCAAAACGGGGAUACGCAUGGAUACGCAGGGGAUACACGUAUCCCUAAGUAUCCCCUUUUUCUGAAUUAAAAUAAAAGGAGCAAAAUGCAAAACGGCUGGGAUACGAUGGGGAUACCACAUGGAUACGUAUAGGGCUGUUACGACUUGAACCAGAGCCCAUCAGGAGGCCGAUUGUGGGCUGCCUCAUAUGCAAUUUUGAUCGCUAAAACAAACCCUCAUGCACGACACUUGAAAAAUGCAGCAACUUCUUCACUGCUGAUUUUAUCAUCCUCAAAAGAUCAGGUUACUUCAUUAACCUCAAUUUUAUCAUUCUCAAAAUAUUUUCUAUUAGUGCUGAUUUUUUAUGCAUUUGUACAUAUACUCGUUGUAUCCCCGUAAGUCUAUUUUCAGAAAAUGCCGUUUUCUCGUAUCGUGUCACGGCAACAGAACGGUAUUUACGGAAGUUCGAAGACUUCCGGACGUCCGGACCGUCCCGAGCCUCCGGACGUACGACACCCACCGGACGUCCGACGCCUAUGUGCGCAGCUGCGGGCCUUUGGCCUUGUAUCCCUCUCUCACUUACACCUUCGUGGCGUAUACUAUAAAUAGACCACAUCCACCUCCUUUCUAGGGUUAGCGAAGGAUUAGCUCAUGUUUGUGUGAGAGCUUUGCUCGUCCACUUGGUUACCU